AUGGAGCGUCAGAGAGAGGGCUGCAGCCUCUUCUUGUCGAAUGUCAUGUUUGAUCCCAACAUUGACAUUUCAAGCGCUUCAUGGAACGACUUAUCACUGAGCCCUGCGGAUGACGCAUUAUUUGCCGACGCAUACCUAGGUAUAGAUGAAGGCGCAUUUAGCAUGUGCACAUUCCCUACCGAUCUAAGCACUUUCAAUCUCGACAGGACACUUAUUGAUGAGAACUACUUAACCGAUAUAUCACUUACAAGCUGGGACUUUCUUACGAUGCAGCCACUACUUACUACAAAUCCUUCCAUCGCAACCUUGGCCAGUCCAGACAAUGGAGAGCCAUCGGAAUGUAUCGAGACUCAAACAUCCUCCCCAAGACCAACAACUCAAGCCUCACUGGGCAUGUUGAGCCCGCGUGAGAUGCUACCAACGCAGAAUGUCCCUGAACGACCCGCGGUUGUACCAAACACUCCGAGUGGAAGGACAAAGAUGAAGCCCGGUACACGGCCGUGUGAUUUAAGAAGACAGAAGCGAAAAGACGACAAGCCAGAGAAGUGUCGCAUCUGCGAGAAAGGCCAUCAAUGGAGGCGUGAUCUGGAAAGGCACUACUGCACUCAACAUCCGGAUGAAGCUACAAAGAUGGGACUUAGGAAUCGAACCCUGGGCUCCGCGGUACUGAUCUCUCAGGUUAUGAGAGCGCGAAAUGUUAGCCACUACACCAUACCGGAUGACCUGAUUGGUGAUUUGAUACAGGUGACUUCCAAGGCGCUCAGAUCACGCGCACUCGAACCACAUUGCUACUUCUUCACUGCAUUCAUGAUGGAGCCUAUGGAGGAUACUUAUGAUCUGCCCGAGGGCUACACUUCCCUCGACUGCCCAAACUCUCCCGAGAACAAAACUCUCACUUGCCCCUAUAAGCACGAGUACAACUGGCACAAAGGUCCCUACAUUUGCGGCGAGUGUGGCCACAGCUUCGCAGCUGCCUCUGCCCUCGGCAGACAUGGACGUGGGAGCGGUCAUCAAGUCGAGUGGGAAUGUCGCGACGACGAGUGUGAGAAGUUCGGGGAGAAGUUUGCUACCAGUGCUCUUUAUCUCGAGCAUCUUCGGGACUCGUCGGGUCACCGAUGUGAUGAGGAAAGCGAUGAGGCUAAGAAUACCGCGUCCGUCUUUUCGCCUUCGUCAAACUCCGCUGCCCAAGAUACUGAAGACGACAUCUUUGGUCCGUCUGCUCAAACUACUGCUUCUGUCGGAAACAUCUGCAACGUGCCCUGCUGCCAUCAUUACGGUGCGGAUUAUAGGUGCAAGUCCGAGUACAGCCGCCAUGAAGCCACUGGCGCCCACCAAAUUGCGAGCAGACUGAACCAGGUUCUUCUAGCCAACAUUCCUGCUGACGGGGUUAAAGCUGAGCAGGAAGCCAUCCGGGCCUUGCGAUGCAACUGGUCUGACUGUUUGCUGUUCGGAAAGACUUUCAAGAAUGCCAGGGUCUUUUACCGCCACCUCCAGGAAGAGGAUCAUCGCAACGGGUGGGAUAUCAAAUUCCAGGAAGAGAGCUUUGAGUACAACAGCGACAACGAGCCGUUGCCUGGGAUGGCCUUCUAUGUCGACGGCCGAAAGGGCAUGUGCAUCAAUGACAAAUGCCCCCGGUUUGGUCAGAAGUUUGACUCGUUUACGGCAAUGAAGCAGCACAGCAGAUCUUUUGGCCAUGCCCUGACCGAAGAAGACCUAGCCUCCACAGACGCCGAAGAGUCUGGCGAUGAGAUUUGGAAGACGAGCGAUGUCCACGGCAUGGAAGUUACUGAUGACGAAAGCCUCUGGAAGUGUGUCAAACAAGGAUGCAAGGGCUACCAGAAGAUCAUGAGCAACAUGGCCAAUGUCAGGAUGCACUACAAUUCAGCUGCGCACAUCAACGCGGCGGAUGAAGUCAGUUCUUCUGAUGAUUCCCAUGAGGAGCUGGAUGGAAUGGAGUUUUCCAAAGACAGUGGCUGGCUUUGCAUUAGACCGGGUUGCAAAAAACUCGGGACUACUUAUCGCAUUCUCUACAACGCGAAGCGACACUUUUGCAGCGAAAUCCAUGCCAUGGCUGAAGAGGAGAGCUCUAAUGAUGAAUCCGAAGAAGUACUUGAUGGUUUGGCGUACUCGGAGGAACUGGCUGCUUGGAUCUGUACAAAGAUUGCCUGUAAGCGUCAUGGCCAUCGCUUUACUCAUGUCGGCUUCGCCCGCCAGCACGCUCGAUGCACUACUCACUUGAAGGCUAGUGAAAUCACCACCACCCCGCGUCGUGCUAAGCACUCUUCAAUCAACUCUCUCCUCACACCUAUCGAGAUGGAUGGCUCGACAGCUCAAGUGACCCCCGGAAGCCCCUCUGCUGGUCGAGGCCUUAACCUCGUGCAACAUCCAGCCGGUACUUCUGUGAACAGUCCUGCCACUCGUAUCCCAGGAAGGAUUCGAAUUCGACGGCAAUCUGGUGCUAACUCGCGCAACGAAAAUCGUAUCAUGAAGCUCGAGAAGGAAAACCAGCAGUUGAAGGAGCGCGUUACGAAGCUGGAAGGAGAAGUGUUUGGACCGAAGAGUCCGGGUGUUGCUCAAUCAAAUCUGCUUGCUCCGCCUGCUAUUCAGGUAUCUACCGCCUCUUCUUCAUCCUUGUCUUCGCCCGCUUCGUCUAGACAGAUGGAGAAUUUGGCCCAGUAUGUGCAAGACGAGUUUCGCCUUGACGUGCCUAUGGAAAUGGAUGAGUCUGAUGAUAUGUGGGAUCCGGCCAAGUAUUGA